AUGGUCUACGCAUUUAUCCUCCCAACCACCUCGCCCCUCUCAUUUCAAUCAUUCAUAUCCUCUACCACUCACCCAUCCCUCCCCCAAUCAGCCUCAACAGCCCGCCAUGCUCUCCGCCUCGCACUGAAGGCCCACAAGCGCUUACCCCGCGGCCCGCGCCAAGAUGCCCACCUACCCACAGUUCUGUCCGCCUUGAAUGAAUACAUCCCCUUUUUAUUCGCAAUCUCAAAUGGACUGAAUGGUCGCUCUGUUCCAACCGAUACAUAUCCUUCUGCCUUCCAAGAUGGCUAUACGUCAGGGGGAACGAAUCUCCGAACCGGCGAAACAGUCGACAUCACGAUCCGCGCGGAGAUAGAGUCGGCAUGGAGACAUACGUUGUCAACUUCAAGCGCAUUGAAUUUCGGGUCCGGUGGAAAUAAGACAAGUGGAAACGGUAUCCGCACGCGGAAUGGACGAGUCUCCGGCCGGGGCAUCCACUUCGAAUUGGCGUUUACGCUCACAACUCUGGGGUAUGUACUGAGUAGGAUGGCGCGUGCAGGAGUCGUUGAUGUGCUAUACGCAUCUUCUACCCCGUCUACGGAGGUCCGUACUGCUGCCGUGCAGACCGCAACGCGGUAUCUACUGCAAGCUAGCUCGGUACACAAUUUGCUCGCGUCCUCGACGACCUUCGCCGCAGCUACUGUGUCAACAGUACCAGAUCUCGAGGCUGGUACGCAGUCAGCUCUGUCAUCUCUGGCCAUGGCGGAGGCUACGUUACUCGCUGUUCUUAAAGAUGAUGCGUAUGUUGCGGCGUGUAUCCAGUCGCGCAAUCCAAAUGAUAAAGAGUGGAUGGUCCAUGCACCUUCGAUUCCGAAAGUGCGCGCUCUACUAUUCGCAAGACUCUGCGUUCGUGCUGCAGAGUAUGCCGAACAAGCGGCUGCAGGUCUAGGUGCUGUUGGGUCUACUUCUGGUCGUGCAGGCCGCGUAGAUGAGGAUUUGGUCCGCUAUACAGGAGUUUUGGCUCGCGUUGCUAGGGCACGCGCCUGUCGAUUCUUUGGUGUAGAUGCUGAGCUGUCAGGCAAAGUGGGUGAGGGUAUUGCGUGGUUGCGAGCUGCGCGCACCCCGCUCGGACUACGUGGAGCAGGGUCUUCGCAGGAGGAUGCUACUGGAUCGGGAGGUUCUGCAAAGGGCGGCCUGUCCCGUUUAAAGCGCGAGUGGACAGAGCGGCGUGAGGAUCGUCGAGUCACUAAAGAUGCCGGCGGUAGCCGCAGCGAAAAAGGUCCAUUGGAUGCGGGGGAUGAUGCUGGUCGUAAUGAGGAGGGACGAGUCCUCGCGAUGCUUGAGACGAAAUGGGUGAGAAUGAAUGACACAAUGAACACACAGCCCAUUCCACCCUCUGCACCAUUGCUCUCUAACCUGCCUUCUGGUCGAGAUAUUCACUCUCCCCCGGCACCAUACCAACCCCCUUCUUUGGAUGAGGAUCAACUCAUGCGGAUGCGUGCUCCACCAGAUGAGAGAGAUGAUGUUCUGUUUGGAAGUGAUGACGAUAGUGAAGAUGAGGCAGGACAACCUGAUAGCCGUGGACCUCCCGGUUCAUUCCCAGACCGCAGUGCGACAGCCUCGAGUGUUUAUUAUUGA